CAUGUCAUGAAGUCUCAGACGUCAUCUGUUGAAUGAACUGGUCGGUGAAUAGAACAGCAUUGAUAGCUGAGGAUUAUGCCGUGGUCUAUAAACUGUUUCUAAAAAGUCAUGUUUGCUGGAAAGAAUGGAGCAGCAGCCGGAUUAGAGACUUGUUUGGAGAUUUGGAUAUGAUCGAUUGGAAUAACUGGAUGGGAUUUUUAGAGCGGUUAAAAAGUGAAAUAGGAGAAAGUGAAAACAAACUAAAGAUUUUAUUUUUUUGCUGUGUAACAAGCACUUGAGCUGAGCUGAGCUGAAUUCAGAGUUCGAGUGCUCCUCUUUAUAAUGGCAACAUUAUACCUGGCCAUUUUUCUGCUUGUGUUAUGUGGAAUUACCCAGCAGACAGGUGGUGCAUGUGAUGUGAGAUGUACAACAGACUAUAUUUCGACAAUGAAUUGUUCCUGUUCAGGGUCAGAAAAAUCCCUGUCCUAUGAGAUUCACACAAACUGCAGUGAUGUGAUGGGCUUUACAGAUGGAAGAUGUGUCAUCAGACCACCACAUCUCUGGUGUACCAUAGAACUAGAGAACUUCUUUAUGAUAGCAAACCCUGACACGGAAUGCACCCUCAGAGCAAAACAAGUCGACCAACAAACUGAAUGGGAAGAGGAGCCUUUAAAAGUUGUUACCUUGGAUCAGAUCAUAAUGCCACUGCAACCUGUCAAUCUAACCCUCAUAAAAAACAAUAAAGAUUUCAACCUAUCCUGGGAGAUGGCCUAUAAAAAUUAUGAAAAUUUUGACCGGCCUGAUUGUUUUAUAUACCGGGUGCGUUUAAGGCCAAAAGUCAUCAUGAUUGAGGAGGACUUCAAAGUGUACAACAUCAGCGAGGACUGCAGGUACCAGGAGAUCCUGUGUGACCAGCUCUCUCCAGGGAAAGUCUAUGUGCUUGAUGUUCAAGCCCGAAUGAAAGACUACGACUUUGAAAGUGAAUGGAGCAAGUGGAGUGUCGGAGUUGAAUGCAUCUGCCCUUACACCAAGGACCAAGACUUUACAGUGCCAUUUGAUUCAUUAUGGUACUUCAUGAUGCUGCCUGUUGUUUUUGGACUCUUUGCAUUCUUUGGGAUAUGGUACAGGGGGUUGUUUAAGAAACCAUGUCUCUUUCAAUACAUCCCGGACCCCCACGAUUUCUUCAAACCCCUUUAUCACACAUACCAAGGGGAUUUCAAGAAAUGGGUCGGACCAGUGUUUACCUUCAGCAGCUUUGAAGUAUUGGAGAAAAGUGCACCGCUGCAGGUGCUGAGUGAAAAGCAGCAAGCCGUCACGCAGAUGCAGAGGCCUCUUCUCUGUGAUCAGGCAAGUGGAGGCGGUAAUCCAGGAGAGUGGAAUCUUCUCAGCUUGAUAAACCCAGCCCUGUCAAAGCGGUACUUCCUUGGAGGCAGCAGCCUUGGCCUUGCCCACUCUGGUGGCCACAUCUCCAUGGAUACCGUGACGGUGUCUGGGCAGGAGGGCGGCAUGUCAGAUUUCCAAGAGGUUCAUGGGAACAUAGUUGAUGUUCCUGAUGAGGGCGAAAAUCUGGAACCGGACACCAGGAAGGGAUCAGAAGGACAGGGUUUUGAUGAAUGGCAGCUGCAACCCAACAAUGAGGAAAAUGGUGAACAGCUCUCACUGGAUUCAUUUAUUUCCAAUGAGCACUCUGAUUAUGGUUAUCCCCAAAUCGGCCUUGACUUGGACACCAUUGAUAGUGGAUUCUUGGAAUCAGACUGCUCGAGCCCAGUGAGCUCUGAAUGUGAAGGAGGAGAACGCACGGAUACUGCUUUAUUGGGCGACACUGCGGGGACCCAUUCAAACUAUGUCAAGCAGUGGGUGGCUUUUAUGCCAGCUUCAGGAGAAAAUAGUAACUCUUUGUAGGAAUCUUCUGUUUCCGUGAACUGCUAUACAGACGUGCUAUCAUGCAAAAGGGUUUGGAACUGUCAAACAAAAUCCUUGUUGCAUGUUUAAUAAGGACAAAAUACCAUUGCAUCUCUACAGUGCAGAAAACAAUAAACUUAAAGUCAUGAUGCUGACUUAUUUCUGGGUAUUUGCCUGUGCAAAUUUUCAAAAAGAGACUUUGAUGCUAUCAUUUUGUACAAUUUGCUGUUUUUCUGAACAAAACAAGAAUGCUAGUGUAGAACAAACGAUUGUAAAGAUUACAUGCCAGCGCUAUGAUAAUGGCCCUUAGUUUUAGCACGGGUUAUCAAGCUUUAUGCGUGAAGAGGAAACUGAGUUUGAAAAGAUAAUGAUACAUGGGCAUUCUUCUCAGACUAAAUCUGAUAGCCACUGAACUGCAAAUUUAUCAGAUCAUCUUUGUGCACAAGUAGAAUGCUGAUCUCAGCUACUGACUGAUUUCUAUCCUUUUUUAACACUUAGCAAAAUAUUAUAUUAAAGCACCUAAUGUCAUCUCGGGGUCUCUUUUGGCAGCCGAUUUGAUGCUGUGUAAGUUUGGACAGACCAAAAUUGUGUUGCCUUUAAAAUAAAAAAAAGUGUUUUUUUUUUUUUUUGCAGUUAUCAGACAGAACCACUGCUCAGAUGUAUUUUAUUUACUUGUGUGUCUGUGAUGUUUACUAGAAGCAUGUUUUACCUUAAAAAGUCCUUUUUUAUUUCUUUUGCAUACCAGUGUAGUUGCACUUUAUUUCUUCUAAUCUAACUGACAAGAAAAUAAAGGUUAGCUUCGACCCAUCACAUUUGAAAUUCCCGUAUAAAGCUCCCUGUUUAUUUCGUGCCCAAGAAAACACAAUGCAUGCAGGUUUAUUUUGAGUUGAGAAUUAUUGUUGAUUUCACUAGCGCAGCACUUACUGUAUAAACUCUCUACUGUAUACAGGAGAUCUUGACAACAUGAUCUCACUUCUACAUGGCCCUGUGCAAGAACAACUAAAAGUAAGGGGACACUAAAGUGAAACAUGGAGUAUAUUACAAUAACAAAAAGGACUGACUGUAAAAAGGAAAGUGAAUUAUGCAUGAUGCAUACUGUAUGAGUAGCAUGUCAUUUGUUCUGAUGUCAUAUUUAUUUUCCCAAUAAGAGAUUUCAAGUCAUCUAAAUCCAGUCCAGUCUUAAAGUGCAAUUAAGUGUGAUGAACUCUAUUUAUGGCAAGUGUACAAAUGCAAAACUGCAUGACACGUUCCCAUGAAGUUUUCAGUUUGUAUGCAAAUAAUGUGUUAUAAGUACUAUGACGAAUGCCAUGCUGGGUUUUGAAGUUACACAAACGUAUUCGUCUCCAGUGUCAAUUACCGUGUCAUAGAAAACACACCUGCUUGCUUUGGGUUUUCUGACUAAUAGGAUGUUGUACGCAGUUUACGCACAGAAGAGAAAUGACUCCGAAAUGUCAAAGCAACCAACCCUCAAGAUACCUACUUCAUUAACUGAUCAUAGAUGGAAGAUAAUGUUGAGGUUAAGACAGGAACCGUCUCUGUAUAUAAAGCCUAGUACACUUAGCACAAACAGAGAGCUUAUUCAUCUGCAAAAGCUCACAAGGUAAAGACCAUGUUUUAGUUACCUGCCUAGGUUACUGUUUUGUUGUGUAUUUCUGUAAUUAUUGUAAUUAAAUAUGCAAAAAGGAAAAAAAAUUAUUACAAUAUUAGUAGUGCAAAUCCUACUGAUAUGUUUCAUCUGGUUAUUUUUGUCUUGUAACUUUUAUUGUAAUAGUGCAUUAUCUUUGUUGUUUCUAUUGUUUUUUUUAAUAAACAAUGAUUUUGGGGGCGGGGGGAAAGCCCCCCCUUCUAAGAAUGGAAGUUUUAAA